AUGAGAGCGGCAAGGUAUUACGGCAAAGAGGAUAUCCGGAUCGAGGAGAUCGAAGAACCUCCAUGCGGGCCUAAUCAGAUCAAGAUCGCCCCGGCAUUCGUCGGAAUUUGCGGAACAGAUCUCCACGAAUACCUCGGCGGGCCCAAUUUCUGCCCCGCCUCCAGACAUCCCGUCACGGGUGACACCAUUCCCGUAACCCUGGGCCACGAGUUCUCCGGAGUCAUCAAGGAGAUCGGCUCGGAGGUUAAGGCCGAGGGCAAAAUCAAGGUCGGACAGCCGUGUGCUGUGCAACCGACGGUCUACUGCGGCAAGUGUGCCGCGUGCAAGAGCGGCGCCGAGAACGCAUGUCACACAGGCGGCUUCAUCGGCCUCAGCGGCGGAGGUGGCGGGCUGAGCGAGGCGGUGUCGGUGCCAGCUGACCAGGUGUUCCCUUUGCCCGACGGCGUGCCGCUUGAGCUGGGCGCGCUGGUGGAGCCGCUCUCUGUUUCUUGGCAUGCCGUGUCUGCCGGGAACGUCACGCCGGAGUCGACGGUUUUGAUCAUGGGCGGUGGUCCAAUCGGACUUGCUGCGGUUCUCUGCUUGAUCGCUAAGGGUGUGAAGAAGAUUAUUGUUGCUGAGAUUGCAACUGCUCGUCAACAGUUUGCGAGGGAGUUUGGCGCGACACAUAUCAUCAACCCCAAGGAACAGGAUGUUGUCAAGGAGACGUUCGCUAUCACUGAUGGUAUUGGUGCCGACGUCGUUUUCGACUGCGCUGGAGUGCCUGCUAGCGUCAAAGCUGCAUGUCUUGCAGUGAAGACCCGAGGAACCGUUGUGAACGUCGCAAUCUGGGAGAAGGAAAUUCCGUUUAAUCCCAAUUGGGUGACAUGGAGAGAAAGCUCGUAUAAGUCAGUGCUUGGGUAUCAAAAGGCCGACUACCAGGCAGUCAUCGAAAAUUUGAGAACAGCGCGCCUACUUCUCCAAGCCUGCGAUGCCUCCGUCCAAAUCGGACGAGUCAAUCUGGCACUAGCGGAAGAUCUCGACGAGGAGAUCGCACCUGCUUUCUCAGCACUACAAUUUCCACCCGAGGGUCUUUUUGUUCGCCUGGACACCUGCUCGCCCAAGGAUGGAGCGCAUAAGGUCCCCGGCAAGAUGUCUCUCCACUCCGUUGAUGAAACCAUCCUUCGACUCGUCACUUCAGGCCGCUGUCGUUCCGCCAUCAAUGAUUGCUUGUCAUCAUCAAGCGCCGUCGAACUCUACUUCUUACCGUUUAAUGAUCGAAUGGCCUCCGAACGAGAGUAUCGAGUCUUCUGUCGCCCUGGAGACCUCAGAAUAACCGCAAUCAGUCAGUACCGUUGGCACAAGCCAUGGCGAUUCGCCGACCUUCCGGAGGACGGUCAGAGUUACGUUAUUUGGAUGGUGUGCUUUGGGGCAGUGGCUGCUCGAGAACAUAUCCUGGCGGACCUGGACGACCAUAGCCAGACAGACAAGCUGAUGGUGGAGCAAGGAAUGUCUUUUGAUCUCUUCUACGACGAGCAGGCGCGAAGUGUUGAGUUGGUUGAGCUCAAUCCCUUUGGAAUCAGAAGUCCAUGCGGCUCUUGCUUGUUUCAGUAG